AUGGAUGCAUGGGGAGAACCCGACAGAAAGUGCGGGCAGGAUGCUGUGCGCCCAGACUCCAAAGACUACAUCGUACAACUCGUCAUCUCCUUGACCUUGGGGCUGACAGCCUUCAUUGUCUUCUGCAUCCUCAGACCGCGAUGGCCCACUCUGUACGCCGCCCGUAGACGACACAGCGACCCCCAUAUUGCCCUCCCCGAACUUCCCGACAGCUUCCUAGGAUGGAUGCCCGCCUUGUACAGGGUCACCGAGGCCCAGGUGCUAGCCUCGGCUGGCCUUGAUGCCUACGUCUUCUUGAGCUUCUUCAAGAUGGCCAUGCAGCUUUUCGCUGUCAUGCUCUUCUUCGCCGCCACCGUACUUUGGCCCAUCAACUAUAACUUCGAGAGUACGCCACCACCCGACAAGAACCAUACGCGGAGUGCGCCAGAGUUCUCAAGUCGACUUGGAACAGCCGAUCUGUAUACUUAUGACCAAACCACAUUUGCCAUGUUCGAGGAUGGCGACACCUCGGACAGCUGGUUGUACUGGAAUAAGCCGUACCUCUGGGCUUAUCUCGCGUUCACCUGGUUUUUCUCUUUGCUCACGAUCUACUACAUGAACAGGGAGACUUUCAAGGUCAUCAAGGUUCGACAGGAUUAUCUUGGAACCCAAUCAACGAUAACGGAUCGCACAUUCAGAAUGACCGGCAUCCCACGGGACUUGCGAUCAGAAGAGAAGAUCAAGCAUUUUGUCGAAGUACUGGAGAUUGGAAACGUCAAGUCAGUAACAUUAUGUCGAGAUUGGUCCGAAAUAGAUGCACUCAUGAUAGAGCGAGAUGCCGUCCUGCGAAAACUUGAAGAGGCAUGGUCUGUGUAUUUAGCCAAGCAGCCGCCCACGGGCGUAGUGCGUUCAAGACACCACGGUGAGGGCAGCGGUCUCGGUACCGGCGACGAAGGCCACGGUGCGGAGGAAAAUGGCCCUCUACUCGCUGGCGACAGCCUCCGCUCGUUGAUGAGCGAGCGACCGCGUCCGACGACCAGAAUCAGGUUUGGGUUCUUCAAUUUCCGAAGUCGCAAAACCGAUGCUAUUGAUUACUACGAAGAGAAACUCCGUCGAAUGGACGAAAAGAUCCAGUUUGCCAGGGAAAAGGAGUACCGUCCAGUCGCCACAGCCUUUGUGACAAUGGAUUCUAUUGCCGCGUGCCAGAUGGCUAUCCAAGCUCUCGUGGAUCCACGACCGGGACACUUUCUUACCAAGCCAGCACCAGCACCGUCCGAUGUAAUAUGGAAGAAUACGUACAGUUCCAUAUGGCGGCGGCGAUGGCAGUCUUGGACUAUCACCAUAUUCAUUACCGUGCUCACCAUCAUCUGGAUUGCACCUGUUGGCUCACUGGCUGGUCUGUUCAGCCUCUGCACGAUUGAGAAGGUUUCGCCAUCCUUGGCCGAAGUUCUCCAACGCCACGACAUCACGAAGGCCCUUGUCCAAACAGCAUUGCCAGUAGGCGUUGUAACGUUACUCAACGUACUAGUGCCAUACCUGUAUGAUUAUCUCGCGAAUCAACAGGGUAUGAUCUCACAGGGCGACGUCGAACUAUCUGUGGUAUCGAAGAACUUCUUUUUCACAUUCUUUAAUGUUUUCCUGGUAUCUGCAGUCUUUGGAACCACAUCCCAAUUCUGGCCGGUUCUAAGAGAGUCACUUCGAGAUGCUCAGUUCAUAGCACUGACGCUUGCCGGAUCCAUCCAAAAACUCAGCAACUUCUACACCAACUUUAUCAUGCUUCAGGGAAUCGGAUUGUUCCCUUUCAGGCUUCUGCAAUUUGGAAGUGUAGCGCUCUAUCCAAUCUACCGGAUGGGGGCCAAGACUCCUAGAGAUUUCGCCGAGAUCGUGCAACCGACUCUCUUCAACUACGGCUUUUACCUGCCUACCGCCCUGCUGGUCUGUAUACUCUGUCUUGUCUACAGCGUGUUGCCGGGCUGCCACCUGGUUCUGUUCUUGGGCUUGUGCUACUUCACACUUGGUUACUAUGUCCACAAAUACCAACUCCUCUAUUCAAUGGAUCAACCCCAACACGCGACAGGGGGAGCAUGGCGCCUCAUUUGUUACCGCAUCAUACUCGGCUUGGUCAUCUUCCAGAUCGUCAUGGGCGGGAUUCUGUCCCUGAGGGGCGCCUUCUAUGGCGCAGCCCUCGUCUCGCCGUUGCUCGCUUUCACCGUCUGGUACAGCUUCUACUUCAGCCGACGAUUUGCACCGCUUACCGUGUUCAUUGCUCUUCGGAGUAUAAAACGCGACUUGGACCCCGGUGUGGAGGGCAAUCCGCAACAAGACGCCACGCAGCAGCCUCAAGCGAUGAGACUGACCAGGCGUAUGAGCACCAUCGACGAAGACAGAGAAAAGGGGAUGAAAUUUGUCAACCCAAGUCUCGUCGUGCCGCUCCCACAGCCUUGGAUUUAUAAGGAUCCGCCUCCGCCACUAUCGCCAGAGGACUCUAUGAACAGUACCUAUCGGGACAACUCGAGCGAUAAUGCGGAAAACAGCAGCAAUUCGUCGCCGAGUGAACGGGGCGGCAAUGGCAAUGCCAGCAAUGCCAGUGGUUCGAGCUCCUUUAGCUUAGGAGACACCCACGUGUGGAGGGAUAAUGGCGAUCGCAACGUGUAA